AUGACCACUCCUAAUGAAUCACCCAAAGACAAACCCUCCUCUAAGCAGAUGAUAUGUGAGAACGAGAGCAACACCACUGAGAAAAAUGAUGAAGGAGAUAAUGUGGGUGGUGGUGUUGAAUCUGUUGAUGGGCAAAAUAUGAGCAUUGAUGACGCUGAUGAGACCGGGAUAGAUGAUCCGAAGGGCCAGGGUUCUUCCUCUAUAAAAAGAGGAAGCACUACUGAUGUUGCUAUUCAGAUUGGGCCUGGCAGUGGCAGUGGAUCAAAUGCAAGGAAGAAAAGGGAAAUGGAAAUUCCAAGAGGUGAACCUACAUGUUACGUAUGUAGUAAAAAUUUCACGUCCUGGAAGGCGGUGUUCGGGCAUCUGAAAUCCCAUCAAAGGGAAACCCCAGGGGCAUUGCCUCCGCCAACAUUUACGCCAACUGAGGGCUCUCCUGAAAAUAAUAAUGAUGAUGAAACUAACCCGAGGGAGCAACUAGCUCCCACUCUGUUGAACUUGGCUCUUGAAACCAUGCAAAAGAUGAGUGAAGACUCGAACAUGAGUGUUGUUGUUGCAGGCGAGGAGGCUUCUUCGUCGGGGAAAGGGAGAGGGAGAGGAAAAGGGCGAGGACGAGGACGAGGGAGGAGGUGUUUGGAUAUUGAUCUCAAUCAGCCCAAAACCAGUUUUUUAUUGGAUCUAAAUGAACCUCCACCACCAGAGCAGGAUGAUGAUGAUGAAGAUGAUGAUGAUGACGACGAUGAUGGUGCUGCUGCUGAUGAUGAUGAGGACGAUAAAAAUUAA